AUGAACAACGUUGUAUACGAUCGUGAAGCAUUGCUCAGAAUAGUAUCUACUUUUCCUUUAAUUGACAAUCACUGUCAUAAUCUUUUAACAUCUGAUGCAUCGUUGAUUUGUCCAUUAGAAGUAUGCUUUUCGGAGGCUCAUGGUGAUGCGUUAAAAAACAUGCCUCAAACUAGUACCUUGAAACGAGGUGUACGCCAGCUUGCUGAACUUUAUAAUUGCCCACCAACAUUAGAUAAUAUCAAACAAGUGAAAGCUCUAAUGUCAUAUAUUGACAUAUAUAAAACUUGCUUUAAACCUACUGGAAUCCAGGCCUUGCUUUUGGAUGAUGGGCUUGACGCGUUAGGUGAUCUUAUGGGUGUGCAAAGUCAUGUAGAAUUAGUUGACGUAGCGCGAAGAAUCGUGAGAAUCGAAAGUAUUGCGGAAAAGACCUUGUAUGAUUUGGCAAUGUCUGCAACUUGUAAAGAUCAAAAAGUGUUGAAUUUUGAAGCGUUCGAAGAAUCAUUAAAAAAACAAUUUGAGACCUAUGCAAAAUCUGAAUCAGUGGCGGCCUUCAAAAGUAUUGCUGCUUAUAGGUCAGGAUUGAAUAUCAAUUGUGAUUCAAAUCCUGAAGCUAUUACUGUUGCUUUAAAAAACAUUAUUACGGAUUUUAAGUCAUUAUCUGAUAAGAAAGGAUCUGUUAAGCUUGUUAAUAAAGUUCUAACUGAUCACAUAUUGAAACCGUUAAUUGAAAAACAUCCCAAUGCAAAGUUCGUUCUUUUGCAUGCGGCGUAUCCUUACACUCGCCAGGCAGGAUAUCUUUCCUCUAUAUAUUCCAAUGUGUAUGUUGAUACGGAUGGUCAUUGCCAUCCAGAAUCUUUCUAUGUCGCCGCAAUUCAAGGAAGAGCAGCUUUAAGCAAG